UCAUUUAUCUUUGAGGAUGAUAUCCAGGUUGUCAGAUCGAACGGAAGAGGAGGAGGAGGAAGAGGAGGAUGAAGAGCAUUGCAUCAACCCUACGGAGGUGAAAAUGAGUCAGAUAGUCAUGCCCUUCCACUGUAACCAUCGGCAGGAGCUGAGUGUGGGACAGCUGUUGAAAUGGAUGGACUCCACCGCCUGCCUCUCAGCUGAGAGACAUGCUGGAAGUCUGUGCGUCACGGCCUCUAUGGACGACAUCCACUUCGAGCACACCAUCAGCGUCGGUCAAGUGGUGAACAUCGGGGCGAAGGUCAACAGAGCCUUUAACUCCAGCAUGGAGAGGGUCGUUCCAAAGGGCCAGCCAAAGGGGCGACCGCCAUUCGAGACCCCCAUUCCAAAGGGGCGGACUUGUUUUGUUUUAAUCGACUGUUUUCAGAUGAACACUUUUGGAGGACAGAUCAUGGCCUGGAUGGUGAAUGUAGCAACGAUUGCUGCCAGCCGUUUCUGUCAGGCUCAUCCAACUCUUCGGACCAUCGACAUGUUCAACUUCAGAGGACCCUCUCAGGUUGGAGACCGGCUGCAGCUCAAGGCUAUCGUCAACAAUGCCUAUAAAAACAGCCUGGAGGUGGGGGUCCGUGCAGAAGCCUAUUUGGAAGAAGGUCUAAGCCGACACAUCAACUCUGCGUUCAUGAUCUUUGAGGUUCUUGACAGCAGUGGGAAGCCGUGUGCUCUUCUACGGAUACGACCAGAACCCCUGGAAGGUGAAAGGAGAUACCAAGAAGCUGUAGCCAGGAAGAAAAUCAGGCUGGACAGGAAGUACAUCGUCUCUCGCAAACAAAAUGAGGUUCCUCUGUCUGUCCCCUGGGAUCCCAGGAACCAGGUGUAUCUCAGCUAUAACAAUGUAUCCGCACUGAAGAUGCUGGCAGCUAGGAAGAACUGGCGCCUCAGCACAGAGAGAGAUAAGGUUCGUCUGUACACCCUGGAGCAAAAGUCCAUGUUGAGCAUCAGGGUGGAAGCAGAGGUGGAUGUUCCUGCUAACAGAGCCUUUUGUUUGCUUGCUGAGCUGAGCAACAGAACCAGCUGGGACACGCAUUAUAAGAAAUGUGAGCUGAUCCACCGGGUCGACGACGAUGACUUUAUUUACCGUGUGGUGACUCCAUCGGUCGGAUCCCAGACUUCCUCCAAUCCAGGAGAAACGGUUCAGCAGGAUUUCAUCCUCCUGGCCUCUAAGAGGAAGCCCUGCGGCGAUGGAGAUCCGUAUGUCAUCGCUCUGCGCUCGGUGUCCCUGGUCUCCCAUCCGCCAUUAGAAGGAUAUAACAGAGGAGAGGUUCUGUGUGCUGGAUUUACUAUACUGGAAACCAGUAACAACAUGUCAUUGAUCAGUUACUAUAACCAGGCAUCUCCAGAGGUGCUUCCCUACAUCUCCACAGAUAUCGCCGGUCUGUCCUCGUCUUUCUACCACACCUUCUGCUCCUGCAGCCGGUACCUGAGCAGAAACAGACAGGAGCCCGAGGAGCUGACAGGCGAAUAUGAAGCCACGGAAACCAACGGCGCCACCUCUCCGCUGUCAGAGGCACUGCGCAACACGCAGCUGUAGGAAACCCUCAGACCUUCAUGGCCAGUUCAUACCUGUUCUGCUAAACAGCUGGUACAGAAUCAAUCAAUGCUGCUUUAGGUCUUUUCUGUUAGCAGCUAAAUUUACUCUGAAGAGCUUAAAAUAUUUUGCAUAAAAUCACUAAAACAUGAAGGCGGGACUUAGGAUGAUCCGUCACAUCAGCUCUUCCAGCCUUUUAACACAAAAUGCUUCGAGGUAUUUAUAACAUUCUGAGCCAUUUGACUUUGUGGGAAAUUGAUUUUGUUCUUUUACACUUUUUUGUAUUAAGAAUAUGUCUGAUAAAUAACUUUAAACCUUUAAGGAUAGAGGAUAUUUUACUAUAAAUAUUCUGUCGCUUUAAAAUGAAAUGUAUUUU